CAACAUGAAUAAAUGGGUGGCAACAGUACACUUUUAAAUGCCAUGUGUCUGUUGUUCGACUUAAGAAGAAGUCUAGUAAGAAGUAAGAAGUAAGAAGUAGUCCUUCCUUCCUUUAAAUAAUAAUAAUAAUAAUAAUAAUAAUAGAGAAUAGAGAAUAGUGGGUGGUGUGGAGAACGUGAAUCCCAAAGGCAGCGGCGGGGUGGCAUCGAUUUCGAUCGUAAUUGAUCAGUGAUCAUCACCAUGUCAAGCAGUGGCACAACUCCAACAAACCAAACAACAUACAAACCGUACCGGCACCUGAAAACCCUAACAGGCCACACACGCGCGGUGUCGUGCGUGAAAUUCUCAAACGACGGAAACCUGUUAGCCUCAGCCUCGUUAGACAAAACCCUGAUCAUCUGGUCCGCCCAAAGCCUGACUCUCCUCCACCGCCUGAGCGGCCACUCAGAGGGCAUCUCCGACCUGGCCUGGUCCUCCGACUCGCACUACAUCUGCUCCGCCUCCGACGACCGCACUCUCCGCAUCUGGGACGCACGCGCCUCCAGCAGCGACUCCUCCCACGUCAAGACCCUGAAGGGCCACUCCAAUUUGGUGUUCUGCGUGAACUUCAGCCCCCAAUCGAAUCUGAUCGUGUCUGGGUCUUUCGACGAAACGGUGCGUGUUUGGGAGGUGAAGACUGGGAAGUGUUUGCAUGCGAUCAAGGCGCAUUCUAUGCCUGUUACGUCUGUGCAUUUCAAUCGAGAUGGGUCGUUGAUUGUAUCGGCGAGUCACGAUGGGAGUUGUAAGAUUUGGGAUUCGUCUAAGGGUACGCUUUUGAAAACGCUUAUUGAUGAUAAGGUUCCUUCUGUUUCGUUUGCUAAGUUCUCUCCAAACGGCAAGUUCAUCCUCCUUGCCACGCUAAACGACACCCUCAAGCUGUCAAACUACUCAACUGGAAAGUUUUUGAAGGUUUACACAGGGCAUUUGAACAAAGUUUACUGCAUAACAUCCACGUUUUCUGUCACAAAUGGGAAAUACAUUGUUAGUGGGUCGGAGGAUAACUGUGUUUAUUUGUGGGAUCUUCAGCAGAAAACUAUGAUUCAAAAACUGGAGGGCCACUCUGAUACUGUCAUUUCUGUUACUUGUCACCCAGCUGAGAACAAAAUUGCUUCUGCAGGCCUUGAUCGUGAUAGAACUAUUAAGGUCUGGGUUCAAGAUCCAUGAUUUGUUAAGAAAAGAUAUGAUUGUUUAAGAAACUGUUUGGGGAUCAAUGUAUAAAUUAACCUUUUUUUUUUUUUUUUUUUUUAAUUUGAAUUAAAUAUAAAAUGUAUGGUUCUUUUAAUAGGUAACCUUUUAAAACAUUUUUUUGAGAGUGUUUCAACUUAUAGUGUCCA